AAAUGUUGCCUUGGCAAAUAACAGAAAGGUGCUGAUGAACACAAAGCUAGAAACAUCUGAUCUCAGAUGGACCAGCUACCCCAGCAGUGACCCUGAGUGGGAGGAGAUGAGCGGUUUGGAUGAGGAGGGCAACAGCGUCCGCACCUUUCAGAUCUGCCCCGUGGACACGUCAGUGAGUCACUGGCUGCGCACGCGCUUCAUCCCGCGGCGCGGAGCGACUCAGGUGUAUGUGGAGAUCCGCUUCACAGUCCAAAUCUCUCGCUCUCCUCUCGUCCUGCAGGUGGAUACGGUCGCGGCUGACUUUCUGUUGCGUCGCGGCGGAGAGAGGAAGUCUAACGUGAAGACAGUGCGCGUGGGUCCGCUGUCGAAGAAGGGCUUCUACCUGGCGUUCCAGGCUCAGGGCGCGUGUAUGGCCCUGCUCUCCGUCCGCGUCUUCUUCAAGAAGUGCCCCGCCGUCACCCGCGCCUUCUCCUCCUUCCCCGAGACGCUCCCUCACUCGCUGGUGCAGCAGGCCGAGGGCGUGUGCGUCACAAACUCCGCCCCCACGGGCCAAGCCCCGCCCACCAUGUUCUGUGGGGAGGACGGCCAGUGGGUGGGGCCUCCGUCCUCCACCUGUGAGUGUAAACCGGGGUUCGAGCUGGUGGACUCCGACCACUGCAGGGCGUGCGGAUCGGGUCAGUAUAAAGCGUCCAUCGGUGGGAGUUUGUGUCGUGUGUGUCCAACCAACAGUAACACACACUCUCCUGGAUCCAGUGUGUGUUUGUGCCGCCCAGGAUUCCACCGCGCCGCCAACGACCUUCCUGAUUCAUCCUGCACCAGACCGCCGUCGGCUCCGCGCAGCAUCGUCUAUCAGAUCAAUGAUACGGUGGUGACGCUGGAGUGGUCAGAGCCGCUGGACCGCGGCAGUCGCUCGGAUCUGUCCUACAGCGUGGAGUGUGUGCGCUGCAGAGGCUCCGGCUGCGUCCCCUGCGCAGACAGUGUCUCCUACAGGCCGGGGCAGGUGGGUGUGACCGGGAGGCGGGUCAUCAUCCACGGGCUCCUCCCACACACCACCUACACCUUCACCGUCAUCUCCCAGAACGGAGUGAGCGCUGUCAGUCACACAAGCCCCGCCUCCAGCUCCGUCAACAUCACCACCAGCAGAGACGGGAUUAAAGUGUACAUCGAUCCGUUCACAUACGAGGAUCCGAACGAGGCGGUGAGGGAGUUCGCUAAAGAGAUCGACGUGUCGUUUGUGAAGAUCGAGGAGGUGAUCGGUGCCGAUGUGGGGUCAGAUGUGUCGCCCGCUCUCACCCGUCUCUCUGUCUGUCUGCAGCUGAACGACGGUCAGUUCACGCCCAUCCAGCUGGUGGGGAUGCUGCGUGGGAUUGCGUCUGGUAUGAAGUACUUGUCGGAGAUGAGUUAUGUUCACCGGGAUCUGGCGGCGCGUAACAUCCUGGUCAACAGUAACCUGGUGUGUAAGGUGUCUGACUUUGGCCUGUCCAGAUUCCUGACGGAGAACUCGUCUGACCCCACAUACACCAGCUCACUGGGCGGGAAGAUCCCGAUCCGCUGGACGGCUCCUGAAGCCAUCGCCUUCCGUAAGUUCACCUCGGCGUCAGACGUCUGGAGUUACGGCAUCGUCAUGUGGGAGGUGAUGUCGUUCGGAGAGAGACCGUACUGGGACAUGAGCAACCAGGACGGAUCUUCUGCGGAUCGGCGUGACUCUAGCAGGACACCAGAAGAAGAUUCUGUCCAGCGUCCAGACGCUGCGGGUCCACGGCGCCCUGCGAUACUGACGCUUCCCAGCAUUCCCUGCUUACAGAUCAGACCGAUCGACCAAUCACUGAGGAGCACCACUGAACCAGCCAAUCAGUGUCCCGUCUGUGUUUGUUCUCUUGGUUUCACUCGGACUGAUGUUCUCAGGAGCGUCUCCUGA